CUUGUUUCUUGCCACCUUGUCUUGGCAUUUCUCAUCGUUGUGACAACUGCGUAUGACCGUCUCGGCGAGCGCACACUCGUGACUCUGAAUAAGAAUCCUGACUUGCUUCUGCGUCAUUUCCGUGCCAUUUGGUACAGCGUUUUCCUCGUCAAUAAUCUCCGUUAGAUCGACUCUAACGUGACUGAAUGUUUUUGCUUACAACGACACGAGCCGUACGAUUUGAAAGGAUUUCCCGUUUUUGGAACAUCACUUUCCUCUCUUUUUCCCUAUGACACUGCGGGAUGGGAAAAGAUUUUUUUCUGCUGAAAAAUGCCGUUUUGAAUUCUUCCUUUUUUUUUUCGUUUUCGAUUGCGUUCUCUUCUCUCAUCGCUUACCCCCUGACUUUAAAAAAAGGCUAGUAUCAACCAUGUGUUUUUCGUUUGUUGAGCAGUUCAUUCGUAAGAGUCAUCUGGAAAUUCCCUUUGCAGAGAGAGAGUAAAGGCCAAAAAAAAAAAGAAAGAAAACGAAUAUUUCUUUUGGUUUUAUCCCUGACAACUAGAAGAAAAAAAGAUAUUUUUCCCGGCGGGGGUUGUUAGUAAAAUAACGGAUCAUCGCCACUUGUGUGCAUCAUUGGCGUGGAACCGUCAGCUGCAGCUCCUGCGGCUUGGCACCGGCUUUAGGUUAUCAACCCUCUCUUUCCCUCUUCUCUUGUUCGCCCGUGCAACAACAGCAUGCCAUAGGUGGUUUUUAUUUUUCCUUUUCUUUUCUUUUCUUCCUUGUAUUAAUCUUUAUGGAAAAGACGUAGCCGAGCUGUUGCUCUGACUUGUCGAAAUUCCCUAAAUGGGAGGAUGUUUACCGUUACGCUUCUUCAGCUUCCAGUUCGGAUGCAACGAAUGUUAACGUAUGUUUAUUGCGUAGUCAUUUGCCAUUUUUUUUUUUUAAAGGAACGUGGUCUCGGUUGGUUGAAUUUUUUUCAAAUUUCGCGCCCAGGUUUUCUGGUUCGCUCAUUAAAAAAAAAAAAUAAUAAUAAUAAUCAAGUGCAUUGGCAUCGUGUGAAUUUGAAACACCUUUUUGAUGUUACGUGUACCCGGGAACUCGGAAGUCCCGGAAGCACCAUGAAGCCUAUUGUACAUCGUAGAAGGGGGACGUUGUCUUCGUGAGACUUUCAUUUUCUUUCUCCCCACUCAAUUUUUUUUUUUUUUUUAAAUUUUUAUUCUUAAUGAAAUCUGGAAAUAGUUUUUCAGGAUAGAGGGGUGGGGGGGACUGGCCAGAUGUUGUAAUUGAUGCCGUAUUUAGAGGAGGAAGCGAAACGUUUAGUGGGUUUAUCAAAUGGUCAUUGCACUGAUGCAGCGGGAAUCAUCGUCGGAAAAGCGACGGUGAAUUUCCUUCGACAUUUCCCACCAAACUCGUCUUUUUGUUUUAACGUUUAUCUAUUAUUUUGGUCUUGCUCCGUUGAUAGCAGCAUUACGCCUCCGUCAGACGACCAAUAUACGUAUGAGAAAGCGAAAUGAUUGCGAUGAAAUUUACGUGAGAAAUCAAACGGUUCGGCCAAUAACGCCCGGCAUUUUAAAAAAAUGUUGAUUGUCGCAGUAAACUGUCAAUGACAACAGAUGGCCACCAAUUUCCUAUUGAAGAUGAUUCAAUUCAUCUUUAGAAAAAAAAAACACAAAAUUUCCCUUUUUUCUUUUUUUCAAAAUAGAAAUGAAGACACGCAACAACAAAAGAGAGCAAACUGAUGGCAAUCGAGAUCGUCUGAUUGUUUCUAUUUUUUUAUUGUUUAAAAAAACAAAAAAAAAAUCUUGGAAAUUGGUACAAACAGAGAAAAAGGUGAAUUCGGAUUUUUCCAAAGGUAGAAAGGUGUUUUCUUUGAUGACAAUGGACUGAAUUGAGGAGGGAAAGGGGGGUAGAGAGAGAGGGUCGUUGGUCUUUUUUAUUCCAUCUCGUCACGGCCGGCAGACGUUUUCUUAUUUUUCUCAUCGGGAAGGUUGUACUACUACUUCCUCCUCCAUCCCUCGAGGAAGAGGAGGAGCGAUGAGGUCUUUUGCCCGACCGCACUGAUUCCAAACGAAUUUUAUUAUUUAUUUAUUUUUAUCUCGCGGCGCUCUCUCUCUUUCUUUCUCUUUUUCUCUCGUACGCGUCCAUACCCCACCUCUCAUAGUCCCGUUGGUCUUUCGGAUCUGGCGUAGCGUCCGUUUCUUUUCUUCAUUCCGACAAGUGCAACGGCUGUGCGAGGGAAAACAUUCCACGUGUACACCUUAAGGGCGGAAGAGAAGAAAAGAAGAAGAAGAAUCACGGGGUGUGUGUUAUAGCGGCGUGGAACAUCUUACCACCGCUGGACGCCACCUUUGAAAGACAUUGGCCGGCAACUGAUCGGUCAGACUCAGAAGGUCCUCGAGCGUCCGCCAGUCAAGUUCUCUUCCGUCCCCGUGCAAUUCCCUGCUAGGCGUUUUGAAAUUUGUUGCUCUUCAGUUGUGCUUGUGUGUUUGACUGAUUGCGUUUGAAAGAAAGAAAGAAAGAAAGAAAGACAAAAGUGGGCGAAAUUAGUGGCGAAUUCUCGCUGGAUAAUGUCUUGAAAUCUCAAUUUGUUCGUGGUAAUCUUUUUAGCCUACACACCAAAGCCGAUAUGUUGAGUGCGCUUGUAGUACUUUUGAUGGCCGCCGGAACGGCCGUGGCCGACGCCAACGUUGACAAAGUGGUGACCGAUCGAGCCGAAAAGGCCAUUUUAACGAUCCGCGUCGAUCAGAAGGGCUCGUCUUACAUCAUCCAUCCGGAUCUGAAUCGAAUGGAAGCCGAGGCUUUGCUGGCCGCUUCGCGCACCAACAACACGUCCUUCUUUUACAACGUGACCGGAAUGACCGAAGAGGCCCGUUCGUCGCCCACCUACCAGACGACGGCCAGCGCCAAACUGUUCGAAGCGCUUUUGAGUAAUAUCAAGACUUCGACUCCGUCGUUGGUGCCGAUACCCGAUCAGGCGACGGCCCGUCACGAUACGGAAUGGGUGGUUCACAAUGGCGACGCUAUCAGCGUCGAAGACGUCACUCACAAAGUUUUCCACGCGGCCACCAACCGCGUUUCGGCCCAGCAACACCACCAUCAUCAUCAUCAUCCGCUGUUGGCCGCCCUGCCGAUGCUCCACAAACCGGAACAGUUGAUUCCGUCGUCGUUGGUCAAAGCUCGGCCACCUGUCGUUCGAUUGCCAACGUCGACGACCGUUGGCUAUCCGCCCAACAGGAUCAUCGAUAAAAGAAUAGGAGGACUGCCUCCGGCGCGUCCGGCACGUCCGGUAACGAAGGCGGCGGCCACAACCACGACGACAACUAGAAGGACAACAACUCCGUCGACGACGACGAUCAAACGCGCGGAAGAUCCCAAUUUGAGGUCGAUCAACAAUCCGCCGGAAGGAGAACAAGAUUUCUAUGACGAAGACGAGUACGAAGAAUACGAAGAGGAAGUAGCGAGCACGACGCUGAAGACGACCAGCACUAAACAGCCAACAGUUCCGACUUCCUUUUCGACCAAGAAGGCCAUCAUCGUCAGCCUUCCGGCCCGUCCAUCCACGUCAACGACGGAAAGGGGCUCACCAGUUGGAAUGGCUUACCUCCCUCCAAGUUCGGUCGUAACCAACAAGAAUGGGAUCCUCACGCUGUCCAAGACGAACACGACAAUCCCGCCACUGACGACCUGGAGGCUUCCGGAAUAUACAAUCAAAACGGGUGGCAAUUCUUUGGGCGGAAAUAGCGUCAACAGCAGCAGCCUCGUUACCAAAACGGAACCGAUGUCGGCGGCGUUGUCGUCUACGACCAAACCGACGACGACGACGACGACGACUAAACCGACAACAACAACAACAAAAGCGGAAGCGUUUGAUCUGGCGGAUUUUUUCGCCCGUGUGGCCGGAGAUGCCAGCGAAGUGUUGAUGGAACCUUCGAUUCCGGCGGCCAACACGAAACCCGUCAGCGAUAGCUCCAUUUUGGGCAACCUGUUUUCGUCGGCCGAGCGCAGGCGCCAUGACGAAAACGAAGGCCGUCCGAGUUCGGCGUUUCCGUCCGGCAAUUUGAACCCGCCGCCACCGCAGCGCAGCGGCAGCGUCCACAAUUUGAACCGGCCCGGAUUGUUUUCGGCUUUCAAUGCGCCUCCCGAUCAGGCGGAUGCGUCGCCGGGUGACGAACGAUCGCGAGCAAAGAACGCAUUCCAAUCCGUUCAGCGUCAACGGUUUCCGGCCGCCAGCGGUGGAUUCCGGCCCAUGGAACACCAUGGCCAGCAUCGCGGAAAGGGCGACGUUGGCCACCACACGGUACCCAACACGGACGCCCUCAUUCCUCUGUACUCGACUCCGGAUCUUCCGGCCCUUUCUGGAAUUGCGCGCGUGACGGAGCAGCCGGGCGAGGUCGAUGUCAUCACGGCUCCGUCCCAAUGGAAUCUCAUCGUCAAAUCGAGCCUGACGUCGACGUCGGAUAAGAUGAAAUCGGUGGCCGACAUUCCAGUCCCCGUCGGAUCGCUGUCGCAUCGUCACGGCUACAUCAUCGACCAGAUGGAGUCGUCGGAAGGCUCGGAAUCCAUCGCCGCCCAGCCGGAAUCGAUGGUGGCAAGCGACGGUCUCAUGCAGCACCAGGAUUCGCCCUCCAGGCUGGGCGUGGCUAUCGAUUACGACGAACACUCUCAGAUUGGCCAGGACAAAGGGUUGAAACCUCAUCCGGCCACGGGCGCUCCUUCCGCCGAGUAUGUCUCUUACGAAGACUACGAAGAUUACGCGGAAGAGCCGGCCGCAGAGCCGGCCACCAAUCGAUCGAGCGCCGCUUUGAAUUCGUCUUUCGAUCGGCGGAAGCUUGUCGUUGAGGAACCGAUUCCGCCGUCCUCGUCUCCAUCGUCCUCGUCUCCAUCGCCCAAACUGCCCCCGCUCCCUUACGGACUCUUCAAUUUGGGCGAUUUAGAAGAGGAAACGUCUCCGGCCGCCGGAGCUUCCGGCGCUUCCAGCUCUGAGGAAAUGGAGGGUUUCGGCGCCGCGUUUCCGGAACUGAUCAGCAAUUCCGUCCGGCGAUUAGGGGUGCCAACGUCGCGCCCUGCCACUCGACCCGCGGCAGACGAACCGCAUCGGCAUCAUUUGGAUGUGGAGGAAAAGCGGCCGGAAGUGUUCCAGUCGGAGCAGGCCAUCGACGCGUACGACAAAAAAUUCCGCACCGUCGAGGUGGACGCCGAUUUGCCCGUCAACACCACCACCAUUCCGCACGAUUCGGGCGCCGUCUACGGCAGUGCCGCAAGCGGCGAACUGAGCGGGGCCGCCUUGACCUACAUCCUGAUCGGCACCUUCGGCGGCUUGAGCCUGCUCUUCCUUUGCGCCGUCGGCAUCACGAUCCGCUGCCGCAAGAGGCGCUUCAUGUUCAGCACGUUCGCCACGUCGAUGAUGAGGCGUCGCCACGCCGACGACGAGGAGAGCCAAUCGGGUAGCCCGAACGCGUUGACGGGGCGCCGCAUGGCCAAUCAGCAGCUGGCCGGCGAGACGGGCGGCAAGGGCGAAGUGGCCGGCGAGGCGGCCACCCACAAGCUCGGCUCCUGGUUCACCGGACGCAAUUCGGUCAGCAGUCUGCACGGCGGGUCGCAGGUCAGCCGCGGGACGCGCAAAUUGCGCGCCGAAGUGGCCCUGCCCAGGACGACGCCCAACACUCCGGGCAAAGCGUCGGCCGGUAGCAAAACGGUCACCACUCGGGCGUAUUUCACCGACGGACGAACCGGUUCGACCCGCGAUCUUAUCACCACCAACUCUUCGACGGCCGGCGGAUCGUCCGACUCUUCCGGAGCCGAAUCUCCCGACAUCCCUGCGGCCGAGUCGCCUCGCACGCCGCACCGCAAUUCUUGGCUGCACACGUCCUAUUCGAUGAAGGAUCGCGGCAACAGCCUGUCGGAGUUGCGCGAUUCUUCCUACUACUGUCUGACGCACGACCACGCGGAUGCGGCGUCGUCGGAUGGCGAACGGCCCCGCUCCACUAGCGCCACGGUCCGCUCUCCGCUGCAUCACUUUCGUUCGACGGAAGGUUUGGAUUCGAUCGAAUCCAUUCCGCCCGACUUGCCGCCGAAACGCCAACAGCAGCGCUUUUCCAUGGGCGAUUCCAUGUCGGUCGUCGAUCCGAUGGGCUCCCACUUGACCAUCCAGACGGAAGCGUCGGCCACUAGCAAUUGGGGCUCCGUCGAAGAUAGGCUCAUUUGAAUGGGCAUUUGAGUUUCGAUUUCGUUUCUUACUUAGUUGCCCUUUUUUCUGCCCCAUUUUUUUUUUUCUUUUUUCAAGUUGAUUCUUUCCGGAAUUCCGUCGAUAUACGUUGCGUAUUUUUGAUUUUUUUUUUAUAAUUCUAUUUUUUAACCCGUUUCGGGGUUCCAUGACAGGUUGUCACCCAUGGCAACCAAAACAAGGGCUUACGUUUUGUUUUUGUUUUUGUUUUCCUCUUCUUUUGUUUUACAACCUCAAGGAAAACAGGUGUGUGGCUUCGGUGGCGGACUUGUGUCUCUCCUUCCCUUUCAAUUCAACUUAAGUUUCGAAUUAAUUUUUUUGUUGUUGUUGCACUUCCAGUUGAUUUUAAAUAGGAUGGAAAUUGAUGUGAUCGAGGCUGUCGUUGUAUUAUUUCGAGCCGAUCGAUAUGUUAGAUCGCACAUUUUAUUUUUAUUUUUUAGCCCCUUUUUUUUUUGGUUUAAAGCGUGUUGUCAGAUCACGCCCCUUCCUAUGCGGCCCGCUUGCGUGUCAACUCCCAAACGCCCUCUCCGUUGCGCUCAACUUUUAAUCUUGCAAUCGGUUGAGUUGGUUAUCCACCAAAAUCAAUAAAUGAAAUUUAAAAAAUAAAUACCCCACAAAAACAACAAACAUGAAUACAUCUGUUUUAUCAAGUGA